AUGGAAUCCAUCAGCCUCAAGCUCAAUCGAGGAUCUGCAGCUUGCAGCCUAGCACAGGGGCACAGACAGUCACGCAUCUGCUCUGUCAUCGAGAACUGCGUGGCUGCUGCCGGCUUCAGCGUGGGGGAGUUUGCAGCCCUGGUGUUUGCGGGAGCCAUGGAGUUUUCUGAAGGCUUGUAUGCAGUGAAGAUCCGGGCAGAGGCCAUGCAGGCGGCCUCGGACGCCGUUCCCAGUGGGAUGCUGUCCGUCCUGGGCCAGCCGGAGUCCAGGUUCAACACCGCUUGUUUGGAAGCCCGGCAGCACUGCGAGUCCUUGGGCAUAGAGAGCCCCGUGUGUGAAGUAGCCAGCUACCUCUUUCCCCACUGCAGGGUGGUCUCCGGACACCUGGAGGCACUGCACUUCCUCCAGAAGCACGCCUCUCGCUACCGCUUCCGGCGCGCCAGGCUGCUGCCCGUGAGUGGGGCCUUCCACACCCGCCUCAUGGAGCCAGCUGUGGCCCCCCUGGCCGAGCUGCUGAGCACCAUCAGCCUGAGGGAGCCCCUGGUGUCCGUCUACUCCAACGUCCUCGGCACCCGGUACCGGAACCCCAAGCACAUCGCCAAGCUGCUGGCUGAGCAGCUGGUCUCCCCCGUGAAGUGGGAGCAGACCAUGCACGCCAUCUACGAGCGAAAGAAGGGCAUCCAGUUCCCUAGGACCUUCGAGGUGGGCCCAGGGAGGCAGCUGGGCACCAUUCUCAGGAGCUGUAACCUGCAGGCCUGGAAGUCCUACAGCCACGUGGACGUGGACGUGGACGUGGACACCGACGAGGCCCCAGAUGCGUAGGGACAGGAGCACCGGCAUCAAGGGGCCGAAGCCGCCACAUCAAGCGUGGGGCAGGAGCGUUCUGUGACAGGCCCGUCCCUGAUGGUGAGACUCCGGUGGGUCUCCGGGCCUCGGCCAGCUUGUCCUGCUCCAGCUCUUGCUCUGGAAAUUGCCCACGGCAGGUGGUUCUCAGGGUCAGGGUCGCUGUCAUGGGCCAGCCAGCCUCUUCUUCUGUCACCCUGCUUAGCGGCCUGCCACCACCCAGGAGCAGACUGAGAGAGCCCAGGCUCCCAGCUGGUCUCGGCAGCGUCAGAAGGGCGGCUGGGCUCACGCUAGCGCUGUGUCGGCACCUCGUCCCCCCAGGGCUGCUCUGGCCACAGAGAGCACCCCGGUCAGGAGCGUGCCAGGCAGCAGCGUGGGUGAUGCUGCCCUCCCGCUCCAUUAAACGAGUCUGUCUAAGUUG